GCGGCGCGCAGGGCCAUGUCGGCGCCGUGCCUGCGCCUGCCCGCCGCCGGGUCAGCACCGGCGGAGGCGGACAGCGCCGGCGGCAUGGAGCCGCCCGGGGCCGCCGCCCUGGAGCUGGCCCUGGAGGAGGAGCUGGCGCUGCUGGCCGCCGCCGGGGAGCCGCCGGAGCCGCCGCCCGCCGCCGCCGCCCGCGACCCCGAGCUGCUCUCGCUGAUCCGGCAGAAGGAGAAGGACCUGGUGCUGGCGGCGCGGCUGGGGAAGGCGCUGCUGGAGCGCAACCAGGACAUGAGCCGGCAGUACGAGAGGAUGCACAAGGAGCUCACCGACAAGCUGGAGCACCUAGAACAAGAGAAACACGAGCUACGGAGGCGAUUUGAGAACAAGGAAGGAGAAUGGGAAGGGAGGGUGUCUGAACUGGAAAGUGACGUGAAGCAGCUGCAGGACGAGCUGGAGAAGCAGCAGGUUCACCUGCGCGAAGCCGACCGCGAGAAGACACGGGCGGUCCAGGAACUCUCCGAACAGAACCAAAGACUCCUGGACCAGCUCAGCAGGGCGUCGGAGGUGGAGCGGCAGCUCUCACUGCAGGUCCACACCCUCCGGGAGGACUUUCGGGAGAAGAACUCCUCCAGCAGCCAACACAUCGUGCGGCUGGAGAGCCUCCAGGCCGAGAUCAAAAUGCUGACGGACAGGAAGCGGGAGCUGGAGCAUCGCCUUAGUGCCAUGAUGGAGGAGAACGACCUGCUCCAGGGAACCGUGGAGGAGCUGCAGGACCGAGUGCUCAUCCUGGAGAGACAAAGCCAUGACAAGGACCUGCAGCUGCACCAAAGCCAGAUGGAGCUCCAGGAGGUGCGUCUGUCCUACCGGCAGCUGCAGGGGAAGGUAGAGGAGCUCAGUGAGGAGAGAAGCCUCCAAAACCUCAACACAACCAGCACAUCCCUCCUAUCUGAGAUAGAGCAGAGCAUGGAGGCAGAGGAGCUGGAACAAGAACGAGAGCAGCUGAGGCUGCAGCUCUGGGAGGCCUAUUGCCAAGUGAGGUAUCUCUGCUCCCACCUCAGAGGGAACGACAGCGCGGACUCCGCCGUCUCCACAGACUCCUCCAUGGACGAGUCUUCAGAAACCUCAUCAGCCAAAGACGUCCCAGCCGGGAGCCUUCGGGCAGCUCUCAGUGAGCUCAAAAGACUGAUACAGAAUGUGCUGGAUGGGGCAGACUCCACGAGCUCUCGACGAAGCGACGACGACACGUUAGAGGAACAGAUCAGGAGAACAAGUGAGGAUUCACGAGCCCUGAGGGAAUUAAUGGAGGGAGAACGGGGGAAACUGAGGCAGAGUUUGGAGGAGCUGCAGCGACUGCACAGCCAGGUCACGCUGCUGAGUGUGGAAAUGACGACGCUGAAGGAGGAGCGGGACCGGCUGCGAGGAGCUGCCGAAGACAAGGAGACAAGCGAACGGCUCCUGCAGGCCAUCAGGGACCGGGACGAGGCCAUUGCCAAGAAGAACGCGGUGGAGGUGGAGCUGAGCAAGUGCAAGAUCGACAUGAUGUCCCUCAACAGCCAACUGCUGGAUGCCAUCCAGCAGAAGGUGAACCUCUCGCAGCAGCUGGAGGCCUGGCAGGAUGACAUGCACAGGGUCAUUGACCAGCAGCUGAUGGACAAACACCCGAAGGAAUGGAGCCAGCUUGCUUAUUCCUUCUCCAGUGGCUCCGGAGCCAAGCGGAGUGCCAGACCCUCCCCCGCGUUCAGGCCGGAGCAGCAGGGGGACGAGCCCGUCGGGGCGGAAGGAAACCGUCUCUUUUCCUUUUUCAAGAAAAAUUGAUUUGAAAAAGAGAAAACUCUCCAACAGUUCCUGCUUCAAGAUGGGGAGUGGGGCAGCUGCCCAGCUUGCUGAUGGACCCAAGUCUGAUCCACUGAGUAAAAAAGAAGGGGGCAAAGGAGUUAACCCUUGAGACUCUGCACUAUUUACACCGCACCUGGUCUGAACCAAAUGUUUACAUGAAUUGGAGAUUUGCAAAUUGACAAUGUGAUACUAAUAGAAAGAAACUUUUCUUAUUCUAUAAGUGAAGUGAUAAACUUCAGGGUAUAUUUUAGGCGCUUCGGCACAGUCCAGUUUCUGCUGUGAAGAAUACUCUGAUUGUCUUAAAAGCAUUCUCAUGCUGGAGAAGGAAAUAAGCAGCCCCAAGACAGAGCAGUGCAGGGGAUUGAGAACUGCUGUCACAGUGAGCACAGGGGGAAGAAGAGGCUGAAUGUAAGAGAAGAGAGGGGAGUCAUUUAUACCACCCUCCAGUCCUGGCAGCUGUGACAUCCUUCAUCCAUCCCACCAAGACUGGAGUCACUCUGGCCCCAGCACUGCCAUGUUUUGACAAAUGUAGCUUUCUCUGUGGUGGAAGUUGAGCCCUCACUGCAGAUCCUGCCUGGGCACCUGCAGCUCUGCGUGGCUGUUCACCCUCGCUGGGAGUCCAGGCUCCUCACAGCUCAGGGCAGGGGGCAGAUUGCUGGUGUCACUGUCUUCUCCAGCUCCCUCCUGUUACAGAGGUAAGAGUUGCAGUCUGUAGCUACACAGAAUGUUAAGGAUUUCUCCCCAAGAGACUGACCAUCUACAACAGAUUACAGACUGGAUUAAAGUUGUGGGUGUUUGGUCCUGGGGCAGCUGCUGUCCCUCUGAUGACCAAAGGUAGUUGAGGAGCUUCAGCAAGUCACACACUUCUCCCCAAAGCCAUGCACACCUCCCACACAGAGAAGAAACCUGUCAUUUUAACUGGAUAGGUCCCCAAAAACCCAACUAAUAAUUCACUGAAAGCCUACCCAUAAUGAUGUCAGUGGGUCUUCGACACUGGGUUGGCACUCAAUCCUCAGAAAGCACACUGGCAUCUGCCUUCACUGAGGCCAAAGGCCAUCAGGGUGUCUACAAAACUCUGGAAAGCCUGCAGGUUACUCUGCCCUAUGCAGUAACAUUGGCUGGGGCCCAGCAGAAAGGAGGAGUACUUGUCCCUGCCUGCAAGUGAGUUACUUCUCAGCCCUUUGGCAAGCAGGGAGCCAAACCUCCUACUGAUCAAAGAUGAUCAGAGCCUGCUUUGCACGACUUCAUCAACAAGAAGCAACGUGACUUUUUUGGUGUAUGCACACAGCAGUGCUGGAAAUCCUGCAAUACUCAAUUAAGGACCUUCCCUCUGCACUGGAUAGGCACCUUACAGCUCUUCUCUUUAACACAGUCUACCAUCAUAAGCCAGUGAGGAAUGCCAGGCUCAGUUCAGAGAUGUCCUGCUGCUGUCAUGCAAUUUUCACACAUUCUUGCAGUUUAUGGUACCCACAGGCCCUAAGUUAUCUCCCUGCUGCUUUAAACAGGCCACCACCUACACUGUCCCACAGGAAACAGAGCUGGGUACACCUUCAGCUCUGCCCUGCUCAGCAACUUUGGUGCUAAAACACCAUCCUACAGGGAGCUGCUCUCUCUGCUCACUGUUUACAGGAACAAGCUUUCUGCUAGAAUUAGGUAUCAAAAACCCUCUUCUAAGCAGCAGGUAAGAGGCUGGUGGCUUGGGUUUUAUUAUUAUUCAACUUACCUAUGGGAUAGAACAUCCAUAAUACCUCAGUACAAAUAUCCUUUCUGCCUACAAAGAUUUGAGCAUUCCCAUAUUUCCUUGUUAGCAUGAAACUACCGCACUGAUAUUAAAUCAUCUUGCACUAAGAUAGCUCCAUGGUACAAGAAGCAGAGUACUCUGAGGUUGGAAGCUAUGGUAAAGAGCUGAGUGGUAAGAUCCAUUUACUUGAAAGCAAUGAAACCUGGAUUGCAGAGCCUGCUCCAGGAAAUACUUGGGCAAAGCCCCACCAAUACAGCUUGAUGCUUAUGGGGAAAGGAAUCCGAAGUCUCACAGGCAGGGAAAGAAACUGAACCUUGGCCUCUCCUUUCUAGGCAAUGCUCAACUGCUGAGUAUCUGCUUGUAUCCACUUGUGCAAGCGAGGGAAAGGGAUGUAGCACAGUGCCAAGUGCUCUCAGGAUGGUGAGUCCUCAUCCUCCUGUCUUACCUGUACUGUGACUCUCCACAGGACAAAGACAUGAGGCACAUGCUCAGCAUCUCCUGCUGCCAGGACUGUUACACCCACAUGCAUUAACAUAACCUUUGAUACCUGCAAAAGGAGGGUUCACGGAUGCCAGCAAUACCUGUGAACAGUUACACCCUGAAAAGGAUGCUCUGCUUAUUGUGGGAGAGCCACGUGAACAUCUCGGUCCUCACAGACCUUUUUUCUGCUGUCAGUUGUCACUUCCCAGGCCCCACCAGCUCUCUCUUCAAGCCACAUGCCCAGCAGCUGUGUGGGACUCUACCCCCGUGAGGAUGGAUGGAUGGAUGAAUGGAUGCAAUCCAAAGGCAAGGGCCUUAAGUUAUCCCAUGAAGAUGCAGUAACGAGAUGAAGAAAGGUGCCUUCUGCUACAUGUUUGCUGAGGAAAGCGACUCAUUCACUUGCAGGGGUAGGCACAGCACAUCUCUUCAUUUAAGGAAAAUCCUUAAUCCCACUGCAGUUUUAUGUAUUUAAUAAGAGUGAUGGAAGAGAUUGCAAGAGGAAAGUCAGCGUGUUCCAAGGUGCCAGUUGGGUAUGGUUUCUUCAAACUAGCCCCUUAACCCUAAAGACUUAGUUGCACUACUAAACCCAGAAAUACAAGAGAACUGGGUGUAAUGAACUGGACAACACACCAAAGGAGACCUCCUUGUGCUGAGCUGCUACUCCACAGGAACAGAAACUGCCUUAACAUAGCAGCUAGGUUUUGUCAUUGUCUUCAAAAACCUCACCCGUGCAGUCCUUCACACUCAUUUGUCACGUUGUGUUUUAACAAGGUCCCGACUACUUCACUUUGCACUGUCAUCAAAACACUCACCUCCAUCCUGUCAGAGCCAGGAGCCUGGAAUCAGCCUUGCAGUGCUGGUUAGAAGACACUUCACUCGUGGUACUUGAUGCUCCCAGGACACACAUGGCAUAAAGGACACACCGGCUCCAGUGGAUGAGAUGGAGGAAGCGCAUUAAUCCGGCAGGUGCUCAGGAUCUCAAAGGAGAUUUAAGGCGUGGGAUCAGCAGCUCUAAACACAACCCUCAGCCUUGCUUUGGAGAUAAUGGUAAAUAAAGCAGUAGUGCUGCACAGUCACUGUUCAAAUAUUGCACAGAGAAGAGAUGCCUGCUGAGAUUAAGGUUACAAAGGACUUUCCCGCAGUUCAGUAACAGGUGACUGUUUGGGCAAACGUUUGUUACACCAGCCCGAGGGAAAAGGGAUCAGUCUCCCUUUGCAAACUCUGUAAGGGAAGCCACUGUAAACAAGGAACAAGUGUAACUGAAAGGCAAGUCACUAGCACUUUAUCUUAUUACAAACUUAGAUCAGCAACUUGCCAUCCAGGUGAACAGCAGAUCAGCUAAUGACAACAGAAUAAUUUUGCACAGAGAAGCAGGAAGGGAGGCUGCAGGCAGGGCCGAUGCACUUGUCCUACUUAGGAUGGUAAAUUCCAGAUUUGCCUCUCCAUCAGGCAAACUCUCUACUCCCCACUCAGCUAUAAAAAGCAAGAUUGUUUGAACCAAAAAGCCAAGAAAGGAAGUGUCUGGGUGCUGCAGCAAUGAUUCCCUUGGAUCGAGAGGGAAAAAGCACACAGCAGGGACAAGCAGAAAGAAUGUAUCUAUAGAUAUGUACAUAUACCACAGUGCUGUAAUUUUUGUAUGUAGCAGUAAUGUAAAUAAAUGUAUGGUUUUUAUAAGAUACAUAUUACAAAAAUCUAUAAAGGCAUAUUUUUAGUAAAAACAAUGCUCUACUUCUUUUGUAAAUAGUUCUCUUCAGAAUAAAACAGAUCAUUUAUAAGA